AUGUCCGGGCGUGGUCCACGCGGUCCACGAGGCGCCGGGCGUGGGGACCAAUCACGUGGUCGUGGUGACGGGGGCUUAAAUCCUUAUGGAAGAGGCCGUGGUGAUGGUGCAAAUCCCCAAGACUUUGGCCGUGGAGGACGUGGUGACGGUCGUGGAGGGCGCGGUGAUGGUCGUGGUGGGCGCGGUGACGGUCGUGGAGGAGCAUCGUUUAGGAGGUUAGGCGACGAUGAGCACACUCCAGGCUCCAAAAUCUUCAGUCCCCCAGGAGAAAACAUUACACCGGAAGCGGAGGUUGAGACCAAGGAAAAUCAAAUUGUCAAAGAGAACCAAGGUCUAUCUUUGAGCACGCUCUCGCUGGCAGACUUCCAGCUACCCCUCCGACCGGGGUACGGAGUCGCGGGCACUGUCAUCCAUCUACGAACCAAUUACUUCAACAUGACGAUCAAUGCUGGGAAGAAGCUGUUCAAGUACACCCUUACGCUGACGGCCAAGCACAAAGAGCCCAAGAAGGACAAAAAGACAGGGAAAGUUAAAGCACCCCUAGUGCCACCAGAGCGUUCUAGGAAACGUCGGCAAGCUUUUGCGCUUCUCUUCCAGCAUCAGGAUUUCCGAAGCAUAGGUCACGGGGUGGCCACAGACUAUGGCUCAAUCGUCAUCACAUCCAAGGAGCUUCCUCUCGAUCGCGAUGGGACCAAGGACGACUUCACAGGAAAGGAGGAUGCAGUCCAAGCCUUGAACAUCAUUGUUGCUCGUACGCCCAACCUCAAUACAGGAGUCUUCCAAAGUGGUAAAAAUAAAUUCUUCCACUACCCUACCGACCCCGAAACAUACGACAAGCUCGGGGGCGGUCUCAUUGCUGUCCGUGGCUACUACUCGAGUGUACGCACGUCUACCCUACGGACCCUACUCAAUGUCAAUGCUCAGACUUCGCCCUUCUACCCGGCGAUUAAUGUGCUAGAUCUCAUAACACAGCAUGGACGUGGUGAUUGGCUAACCGUGGAAUACUUUCUCCAUUUGCUCCGCGUUAAGACGAAGUACAUGAAGCACAAGGAUGGUACCGAUGCAGUCAAAAUCAAGACCAUCAUAGGCUUCUCGCAGCAACUGGAUGAUGUCCUUGACAACAAGGGCAAAGUCGUGACUGAUGACAAAGGGAACGUUAAAAAGCGUAGGAAUCUACAGGAUAAUCCAUUGAACGCACAACAGGUGACGUUUCAGUGUGAGGAAUUUGACGGCAAGAUCUUAACAGUUGAGAAAUACUUCAAAGAGAAGUACAAUAUCACGCUCAAUACACCACAAGCCUGGCUGCUUAAUUGCGGCACAAGAGAUAAGCCCGUCUGGAUCCCGCCGGAGCUGUGUGAAGUAAUGCCUGGUCAAGCAUUCAGAGGCAAACUGAGUGACCAUCAGACAUCACAGAUGAUUCUGGUCGCCGCGAGAGGCCCUGCUGAGAACGCCCGUCGAAUAGCGAACGGCGCUCAUAGGGUUAUUGGAUUUCGAGGCAACAACCCAAGCUUGGCGGCAUUCGGCGUUGGAGUCGACUCCAAGAUGAUUGUGAUCCAAGGGAGAAUUCUUGAAGCACCCCCCAGUGACGUAUGGCAGAAAAUCUCAAAUCACCCCCACUGA